UUUCCGGUUCCGGCUGCGGGCCGCAGAAGACAUGGCGGCGUCUGCGUCGGCAGCUGCAGGGGAGGAGGACUGGGUCCUUCCCUCUGAAGUUGAAGUGUUAGAGUCUAUCUAUCUGGAUGAACUACAGGUGGUCAAAGGAAAUGGCAGAUCAUCACCGUGGGAGAUCUACAUCACCCUGCACCCUGCCACUGCAGAAGACCAGGAUUCACAGUAUGUCUGCUUCACUCUGGUGCUUCGGGUCCCAGCACAGUAUCCCCAUGAGGUGCCACAGAUCUCUAUCCGUAACCCCCGAGGACUGUCAGAUGAACAGAUCCACAAGAUCUCACAGGCGCUGAGCCACAUGGCUGAGGCUGGGCUGGGUACUGCCAUGCUCUAUGAGCUCAUCGAGAAAGGGAAGGAAAUUCUCACAGAUAACAACAUCCCCCAUGGCCAGUGCGUCAUCUGCCUCUAUGGUUUCCAGGAGAAGGAGGCCUUUACCAAAACAACCUGUUACCACUACUUCCACUGCCACUGCCUGGCUCGGUACAUCCAGCACAUGGAGCAGGAGCUGCAGGCCCAGGGACGGGAGCAGGAACAGGAAUGGCAGCGCGCCACAGCCAGACAGAAGGCCGUUUGUGUGCAGUGCCCGGUGUGCAGAGAGCCACUCGUGUACGAUCUUGCCUCGCUGAAAGCAGCCCCUGAACCCCAGCAGCCCAUGGAGCUGUACCAGCCUGAUGCAGAGAGCUUGCGCCAGCAAGAAGAGCGCAAGAGGCUCUACCAGAGACAGCAGGAGAGGGGGGGCAUCAUUGACCUUGAGGCUGAGCGUAACCGGUACUUCAUCAGCCUCCAGCAGCCUCCUGCCCCUUUGGAACCCGAGUCAGCUGUAGAUGCCUCUGGAGGAUCCAACCCACCCAGUACCCUUGCCACAGAACAGUCCACCUCAUCAACCACCCUGUCAGCUCCUCUGCCUGUGGCCUCCCAGUACACAUGUGAGAAGAUUCCAGGGGCUGGGCCAAAUCAGCAAAAGCUGGGCGAGACCCAGAAAGCUAUGCUAGAUCCUCCCCGGGCCAGUCGAGGUCCCUGGAGACAGCCCGAACGGAGGCACCUAAAAGGAGGGGAGUGCAAUGCCCUCAAAGGUACCAGUGACACCCAGGAACUGCCACCUCCUGAGGGGCCCAUCAAGGAGCCCAUGGACCUAAAGCCAGAGUCCCGUAACCAAGGGGUUGAAGGUCCUCCCCAAGAAAAGGGGCAUGGCAACUGGCAGGGUCCCCCGCCCCGCAGGACUCACGACUUUGCCCGCUGGGAGCGCUCCAAGGGUCGGACACUGGCUUCUUCCUACCCUCGCCUGCCUCGGGGUCGGGGAGCCUACCGACCUGGUCCUCGAAGGGAGCCCGUGAGCCUCGAAUCGGAGGAUGGUUCCUAGCAGUACUGUGGGGGGGUGGGGGGGGACAAUAAAGAGAUUGGCCUUGUUUGGCUUUCCUUA